GCUCGCGCGUUGAAAACAAAAGUGCAAAACUAACGGUCGUUGGCAAAAAUACUAUUAACGGUUUAUUGGGUGCAACAAACGAAGCAAUCAAUUAAUGUGAACUGUAGAAACAAAAGUGGCUAUUUGUGAAUUUAUGCUUUGGAAAAUUCAUACAAAUAACUUCAAAAGCACCAAAUUGAAAAGAAAUACAAAAAAAUUAGAUAAACAAUAUAAGAACGUGCUUUAAAAAUACCAUACGUACAUUUCCGGUUCUUUCAAGACACCUAUUGUUUCAAGGAGCGGAAAAGACCAAUACUUUACUUACGAUUUGCAAUAGUGGAUACUCGUCUUUGUCAGCACGAAAAAGUGGAAUAAAUCACGAUUAACAAUGCACUUACGUCUUAUACUACUAGUCUUGGCGACGUGCCUAUUGCGCAGCGCGUACUCUGCCGCCACCAGCGAUGUUACCACCUCAGCAACUACCGCCAAACCGCAAGGCUUCGCUGCACGCUCCAUCGAUGCCACUGAUGAGGAGGAUGAAUUUGAAUCACAAGCACAAACACAUUUGGCUUACCGACAGCAACAACAACCACAACAACGUCAAUUAUACGACUAUAGUCAGUCGGAGGAGGAUCAGGAGGAAGCCCCGCGACAAAUCUAUCAAAACCGUAAUAUAAAACAGCAAAGUAAUUACUUGAAGCAGAACAAGAAACCAGCGAGUGAAGAGGAAAGCGAAGAAGAACAAGAAGAGGAGCCAGACAGAUUGUCACAAUUGUUGGCUAAAUCUUCGUUUAAUUGCAACUCGAAAAACUCGGGCUACUAUGCCGAUGAGUCACUUAGUUGUGAAGUUUUCCAUUACUGCCAAGACAAUCAACGUCAUUCGUGGAUCUGUCCCGAGGGCUUCACUUUCCACCAAAUCCAUCUCAUCUGCAUGCCGCCAUCGCAUGACAACAUCUGCCAGCAAUCGUCGAAAUAUCACAUUGUUAACGAUUACCUCUACAAACCAAUCAAUCUCCAAGAACACCAAAGCAAACCAAAUGUGACCCUCCGCUACUCGGAGCGUUACUACCCAGAAAAUUAUUACGACAAUGAGCGUUAUGAGGAUGAAGAAGAAGCGCCUCGUCAACGUGUAAACCACCAACGGCAACCUGUUCAAGUUGGCUUCCAACAACAGCAUCAACAACAACAACCUAUUUACCAACAACCCCGCCAACAGGUACAGCAAGCGCAACAAGUGCAGCAGGUACGUCAUCAACCCGUCCAACCGCAGCCACAGCCCCAACAGCAGCAAGCAACCGUUUAUCGCAAGCCAGUAAGCACUACAACUACGGCUCAGCCACAUCCGCAGCCUCAAUUGAUUCAGCCUAUUCAACAGCGCCCCAUUGCGCAAACAAUUGCUCCACUAGUUACUCCAAAUCCUUACAGAUUCUUCACUGCUGCAUCUCCGUUGCAUCAUGCUGUGCCGCAACCCCAAGUCUAUCGUACUCCGGAAGAGAUUAACAUUUCACUAUUGCAACGCCGUCCACAACUUUUCGUUGCCACCUCGACGCCGCGUUACUAUGAAGACGAUUACUUGUAUGAGCGAAGAAAGUAAAAGUAAUAACUAAAGAAAGUAAUUAAAUCCAACCUCGACGAUAUCCUAACCACAUUCUGUACCACUAGCAUCUAGCCUUACUAUAAUGAUUUCAUAUUCAUCUUGUCUAACAAAUGCAUUUUGAAUUGAAUUCAAAAUGUAAAUCGAAUUUUUUGAAUUUAUUCUAGCUUUAAGCAUUAAGCCUAACGAAUUAUAAACCGAUUUUAAUUUUAUUUUUGUUUACAUUUUUAUUUUAUUUUUAUUUGUUUUACUGUUAUAACAGCUACAUAUUACGAAUUUGAAAGUAGUCCCAAAACUCGUAUUAUAUGUGUACCUUAAUAUGAAUGGUUUUAUGUCCGAAAUGUUAGAUAGAGAUUACUGACGUAAUUUUUUAUUAUUUUUUGUAAACUUAAAUAAAAUA